GUUGGAGAAAAAAAAGGAUCCAUGAGUUACCAGCACCACCCACAGGACAAAAAAGAGAGGCUGGGUUUUCCAAGGAGUGGAAGAUGUGACAUGAAUCACGCUGCUGAAAGUUUGGAUUCUGUCACCCCAUGGUCUGCUGGGGAAAGAGCUGGACUUGUCCUCUGCCAAAGCCCAUUUAUGCAGCUUAAUUAUCCAUAGCCAGUAGCACCACUGCUUUAGAGGAAAAUGUAUCGUACAAGAAGGAAGCGACUGCAACUAAGCCGGGUCUUGUUUCUCCUCUCUGGGGUUUUCCUGUGUACGCUGUACCAUCUGACGAUCAGUGCCAGAAUAAACGAGCCUUCGCCAAUGCCUCAGAUUGGAGAGGAUUUUGGAGAAGGUUCAACAGAAGUGGUUGAGGAGACUACAGUAGAGACUCAGGGGCUGGAGGAACCUCUCACUGCAACACAUGAAUUAGAGCCAACAGAUCAAACAACGGCAGAGAUGCAUGUGGUACAUCAUACAGACUCAACUUCAGUUUUUUUAACAUCCACCUCCACUGAAUCACCACCAUCGCCGACCACAAACCGGACUAUUGUGCACUGCAUCUAUGUGGCCCCUGAGCCUCCACAGCAGACACCCACACCAGCUCCAGCUCCGGCUCCUCCCGUAACCACCAUCACUCCAGCUUCUCCUGGUGAAGCUCCAUAUAUUAAGGAGCGGGCCUUCAAGACCCAACUCUACAAAAACAAGAACAUUGUCAGAGUUAUAGCUGUUGAGGAACCUGAAAAGACACAUGGGGACGGUGAAGAUAAUGCCUCUCGUGCUGCACAGGACAAGAAUCAUUUAAAGGUGAAGCCAUCCCUUCAGCGAGGAGGAAGUUCAGCUUCUUUACACAACAGCACCAUGAGAAACACCAUCUUCCAGCUUAUGAUCCACACAUUAGACCCUCUGGGAGAGGGGAAAUUUAAGGAUAAGGCUGAGACUCUGAAUAAUGUGGCUAAACGGAACGGAGAAAGCAAAACUCAAGACAAAAGUGAAGAUGGUGGGGUGAAAACUGAGCAGACCAAAGAGCCAGAAGCUGCCCCGGCCGCAGAAACAGAGAAGGAGGAGCAGCCAGAGGACAAGAAGGUACUUCCCAACCAUGUCCCGGUGGUUAUCAAAAAGCCCAGAAGUCAAUCUAUGAUACCUGUCUAUGAAGAUGUGCCAGCAGCACAGGAUGGGUCAGGAGGGUCAGGUGGCUCUGACAACGAUGAAGAUGACAGCGAUGAAGACAGCGAUGAGUCCAGUGAAGAUGAAGAUGAUGACGAGGAGGAUGAAGAUGAGGAGGAAGAGGAGGAGGAUGAGGAAGACGCGGAGAAGGAAGAACCUCUGUCUUUAGAGUGGCCUGACACACCACGUAAACAAGUCACCUUCCUCUUCCUGCUGCCCAUAAUCCUUCCUCUGUGGCUCACAGUUCCAGAUGUCCGCAACCAGAAAUCCAGAAAAUUCUUUGCGGGCACCUUCCUGGGCUCUAUUGUGUGGAUUGCUGUCUUCUCCUACCUCAUGGUGUGGUGGGCCCAUCAGGUGGGUGAGACCAUUGGCAUCUCAGAGGAGAUUAUGGGCCUGACUAUCCUGGCUGCAGGGACAUCCAUCCCCGACCUCAUUACCAGUGUGAUUGUGGCGCGUAAAGGCCUGGGGGAUAUGGCUGUGUCCAGCUCUGUGGGCAGUAACAUCUUCGACAUCACUGUGGGUCUGCCAAUCCCAUGGCUCCUGUACUCAUCAUUCCACGGUUUGGCUCCAGUGGCCGUCAGCAGUAACGGGCUCUUCUGUGCCAUCGUGCUGCUCUUUAUCAUGCUUCUCUUUGUUAUCAUCUCCAUUGCAUCCUGUAAGUGGAAGAUGAAUAAGGCACUGGGUUUCACCAUGUUUCUGCUCUACUUUAUCUUCCUGGUGCUUAGCGUGAUGCUGGAGGAUCGCAUCAUUGUCUGCCCUGUUUCCAUCUAAACGUGUGAGCAAAGCCUUCCCUACAGCAGGCUUUCUCUUUUCUUGUGAGCUGAAGCAG